GAUUCGUAGCGUACGUUUUAAUGUGUCGGUCGUCGAUCAGUUGCUCGUGAACUUAGAGUUGUUUUAAUUGUAUUGUAUAUACGUAUUAUUUAUAUAUUAUUUAUCCGUACUUAUUUAUAUAGUAACAAUCUCACAAACCGAACAAUAAUUAUGGAUGGACAGGAAGUAUUGCAAGUGGGAACCAGCAUCAACAUCAAACGGACCGAUGGUCGUGUACAUUCGGCCAUAGUGGCAGGCAUAAACCACAACAUGCGAACGGCAACAGUCGAAUGGUUCGAGCUGGGCGAGACGAAGGGCAAGGAGAUCGACAUGGCACUAAUCGCCAACCUGAAUCCGGACAUCAUCAUCAACCCAACCGACAGAACCAACGUCCAGAACGCGACAACCGGACGGCAAGGCGUCAACCAUCAAGUACAGUCGGACGGACACAACCUAGCACGAGACUCAUCGGGAUCAUCGGAGGAGGAAACAAGCGCGGCGAUGGCGCAAUCGGGAAGAUACAAUCACAAAAUCGACGAGAGCGACGACGAUUUUAACAGCAAUCAGUUCUCGCCCGAAUCCGCCACCAUGAAUCCUACCCAACAGUCAAUCUCAAGCACUAGAUCUGGUAGUUAUAAUGGAACACGUGGUUACAAUGGAAGGCUUACUAUGUUACCAAAUAACGGGCACACAUUCCCAAACGAGAUCGCCCCAUCCAGGACCGAAACAAAUAUACCCACCAGAACCACCACAACAACCAAUUCACAAGUAAACAAAUCGCGACAAAGUAACGUGGUAAAGGAGGUAGAGAAGUUAAAGAAGAACAGGGAGGAGAGGCGGCAAAGGCAGGCAGAGGAAAAGGCCGAGAAGGAAGCAUUUUUACAGAUGGCGCCAGGAAAUCCACACUGGGAGCUGCUCAACAUGAUACUAGAUUAUCGACGCGGUUUGGAAAUUAAACCGCUAUCGGAGAACGACGCAAUAGAAGACCAUCUGAUUACAGUAUGCGUGAGGAAAAGACCAUUAAACAAAAAAGAGAUGGCCAAGAAGGAGGUCGAUGUUAUAACCAUCCCCUCCAAGAACCAACUAAUCGUGCACGAACCGAAAAACAAAGUUGAUCUUACCAAGUAUUUAGAAAAUCAAUUGUUCAGGUUUGAUUAUGCCUUCGACGAAACAUGUUCGAACGAAAUGGUAUACAGAUACACCGCACAGCCGUUGAUAAAGACAAUAUUCGAGGGCGGCUUCGCCACGUGCUUCGCCUACGGCCAAACAGGUUCGGGCAAGACGCACACGAUGGGCGGCGACUUCAACGGCAAAAGCCAAGACUGUCAGAAGGGUAUUUACGCGAUGGCGGCGGCGGACGUGUUCCGGCUAGCCAACUCGUCGAAAUACCGACAGCAGAACUUCGUCGUCUCGUCCAGCUUCUUCGAAAUCUACUCGGGCAAGGUGUUCGAUCUGCUGAACAACAAGGCGAAGCUGCGGAUUCUCGAGGACGGCAAGCAGCAGGUGCAAGUUGUCGGACUGACCGAGAAGAUUGUCAGUUCGACGGAGGAGGUGCUGAAGCUGAUUCAGAAGGGGAACCAGGCCCGCACGUCCGGACAGACGUUCGCCAACUCGAACUCGUCCAGGUCGCACGCCGUUUUUCAGAUCUAUCUGCGUUCCAACAACAGUAUCCACAAGGUACACGGCAAGUUCUCGUUGAUCGACUUGGCCGGCAACGAACGAGGCGCUGAUACAUCAUCGGCCAACCGUCAAACCAGAAUGGAGGGUGCCGAGAUAAACAAGUCUCUGCUGGCGCUGAAGGAGUGCAUCCGAGCGCUGGGCCGCAAGGGUGCGCACCUGCCGUUCAGGGUCAGCAAGCUGACGCAGGUGCUGCGCGACUCGUUCGUCGGCAACAACUCGCGCACGUGCAUGAUCGCCAUGAUAUCGCCCGGCGUGAACUCGUGCGAGCACAGUCUGAACACGCUGCGGUACGCCGAUCGUGUCAAGGAGCUGGGCGGCGGCGAUCUGCCCGCCUCCAAUCAAAUGUCGGACGAGGCCGAUGUCGAUAACGACGGUGAUCUGAUGCAACUACGCUCGCUGAAUGAAAACGACAUGACACCAGAGUUACUUAAUUUCCAUCAAGUAAUAUCUGAUAUCCAACUGUCUGAGGAGAACAUGCUGGACAACCACAAACAGACAUGCGAGGAGAUGGCGGUGAUUUACAAGAAGGCCGUAGAAUUACUGAGGACUACCGAUGAGGUUACGUAUGAUCAAGACUUGUACUCAAAGCAAUGGGUCGAACUAAUAGACAACGCUUUGGAGACGUUUGUGAAGGCGAAAGACAUCGUCGACGAUUUUAGAGCGAAAUUGGCAGCUGAAGAACAGUUGAGUCGUAAAACUACCAGAAGGAAGUAAUCUUACCAUUUCUCUGAACUACUACUUUGUUUAUUAGGUUACUUAUUUAUUACUUUUUGAUACUGCAAUGAUUAAUUAAAGUUUAAUAUUACUAUUAUUUAUUAUUAUUAUUAUUGUUACUUUUUUAUUAUAAGGCCUUUAAAUAUAGGUGUAUUGGCCGUAACUUUUACGCUUUUUAAAUAACUAACCAAAUAAUGACAUUCCUUUGAAUGUGGAUCUUAAAACGUAUAGCCGGCAUUGUUAAUACUUUCUCUCAUAAUUUCGUUUAAUUUCACUAUUAGGCUGUGCUAAUUUUUUAAAAAAACAAAAUGCAGGCUAUUUUUUCUGAUAUGUUGUAGAAUAAAUGAUCUGUUUCAUAGUUUAUUAUCAUAGUUUGUUAGGAUUGUUCUGAGUUGUAUAUUUUGCAAUUUAGACUGUUCUUGCUGUCUUAUAUUGUUGGUUAUUAAUUAAUUAAACAAACAAUCCACAUACAAAUUUUAUCACACUUUCAAUUUGCAAAUCACAUAGAUGGUUUGUUUGUUUAAAUAAUUAAUUGCAGAACUGUUCAAAUUAUGAAAAAAAAGGUUCAAUUUGACUCGAGAAGAAAAUAUAUAUUUGUUUUAUACCAUUCAAACAUUAGUCACAGUAAGUAAGAAGAGACAAAGUGAAUCUUUACCUUAUUUUAAAUGAUUUUUUAAUCAUGUUACUCAUACGUAUUUUAAAUGAGUUUCAAACUUCUCAGUUUUUAAUCAAAACAGAUUUUAUUUGCCUUAAACUUAAGCAAUGUUCAAUAACAUGCUUGAAUGUUUAUUUACAAUUACUGCAAUAAAAAAUCGAUUAUUA